AUGGAUGAUUCCACAUAUCCAUGGCCUUCGAAAGCAACCUUUAUCAUGGACCUCCUCUUUGGUUCAAUGUGCCUGCAAUUUUCAGAGGCACAGAAAAAAGCUGUGCUCAGUUGGGCACGUGAAAUGGGCGCUCAAAAUGUGCCUACCUUGUAUGUGCUUCGCAAAGCCCAAGAUCAUGUUCGUAGCUGCAUCGGGAAUCCAACUUGCAAGGUUACAGCAUCUUCUGGUAAUAUCUUUUAUAUAAACUCAAUCGGCUCUGCGAUCGCUAAGGACUAUUCCAAUCCUCUCACUUGCUUCUGCAUGCAUGACUAUCCUGAAGAUGGGAGAGGGAAUAUGUCUCAAGUGCACCAUGGAUUGAAGAUGCUGCAUGAACUUCCCAAAGAACUACCUGUCCCAUCCGUUCGUGUCAACAACAAUAUCUACUUCCGGAAUGAGCUGCUUCAGUCAACAACUGGAUUUUUUAUUCCUACAUGUUUCUUUCAAGGCAAUGUCUCUAGCCGUGACACUGAGCGAGCAUUAUUGCAGGUCCUUGCAUUGGGACAUCCAGUUGUACGGACGGAGGCAGGUUUUGCAGUAGAUCCUGAGCGCGUCAUAUUGGAAGUUUCAUCGUUUCAAUGGACCUACAUAGACUUGCAGACUGACAUACAUUUGUGUGGGUUUACACCGACAUCACAAUCCUUUGCUGCAGAAAUGCCCAACCCACUGUGUGAAAAGUCAAAUGGUCGACUUGUCCUCACUGUUCCCCUCAUAAUCUUCAUGGACGAUGUCUCUGGGAAUGUGUCGAAGCAGUGGAACAAACAUCACGCGGUGUACAUGUCUAAUGCCUCCAUGCCGCGUGAGAUGCUUGAAAAGGAAUUCUGCGUUCGUUUUGUGUCAUCCUCACUGCAUGCUUUACCCAUGGAGAUCAUCAAAGGCGUCAAAGAGUCAAUCAGGGCUGCCGCAGAUGAGGGCAUUGUUGCAUACGACUGCAAAUAUAAAGAUGAGGUUAUGCUUAUCCCUUAUGGCCUAUUUGAAGCAGGAGAUAACCCCAUGCAGGCGGAAGAGUGUAGCCACGGCGGUUUACACUGCAAUUACUUCUGUCGCACAUGCAAAGUAGGAGGGACGACAUCUAUGAAACAGUCUGAUGAAGGGUAUCUUAAACUAUUCGAGAUUGGAGAGCUUCACCGACCAGAAGAAACGAUUCAGCAGAUUCUCGAGCAGAUUGAGCUUUUGAAGUUGUCUGGUGGAACUACAAAAGUCCAGAAUGCUGUCUCGUCGACUGGCACCCGUGACACUACCUCUGCAUCGAUUAUAAACCGCCUCCUGGAACACAGGAAGCAACCUGGGAAACCGGCGAUCAACAAACGAGAAGUCCGACAGACAUUGGAGAGGGAGUUCGAGGAAAUGCUGGGCGGUCUCUCUGUUGAGGAUUAUAUUAACCCUUUGCUUAGCAUGACAGGGCUCAACAUCCAUCAAGACACGCCAACAGAGAUUCUUCAUACCAUUCUCCUUGGCAUUGUGAAGUACUUUUGGGGUCAGACUAUCUGGAUCCUUGACAAAGCGCACCUUGUCAAGACAUUCCAAGCCAGAUUGGACAAUAUCAACAAAGACGGCCUCAAUUCACCCACUCUUGGCGCAGAGUAUAUCUGUCGGUACAGUGGUAGUCUGAUCGGCAAACACUUCAAGAGUCUUGCUCAGCUCAUGCCUUUUCUUAUAUACGAUCUUGUUCCAUCCGCUGUUCUGAAUGGAUGGACUGUCAUUGGACAGCUAGUGGUCUUGCUGUGGCAUACGAGAAUUGAUGAUGUCGAGGAAUAUCUGGCUUGUCUUACUUGCACUAUUGACGAUUUCCUCAACAUCUCAGUUCAGUGUGCGCCUAGCAUUAUCCUGACCAAAUCAAAAUUUCAUUUUUUACUCCAUAUUCUGGCAUAUAUCCGAAGGUUUGGGCCACCUAUCUUGUUCUCAACUGAACACUUCGAGUCCUUCAACCACAUCUUCCGACUCAGCUGUGUUCAUAGCAACCGUCAAGCGCCGAGUCACGACUCAUGCAAUGUGUUUGCAUAUAAUGAUAUUCUCAAGCAUGUCACUACUGGGGGGUUUUGGAUGGAGUCAAAAAGCAAGCAGUGGGUGCAUGCUGCUCCAGGUGUCCUCACACAUAUUACAGUGACCUAUCUCCAUAUAAUACGAGGGAACGGACAUGCAUAA